AUUAUAACCUUCCCAACUAAGCUAUACCACGCGGUAGCCGAUUAUGACUCAGUUUGACUUUGAAGUCAUUGCAACAGGAAUAGCAAGUUAAUUUUGAUCUACAGGUGUCAUAUAAGUACAAAUUUUAUUGGAUUUACCGCCUUGAAGAUGAGUCUGCUUAUAUUUUCAAUAGCAGUUAGCUUUAUCAAUGCAUUUCUCCCUAGUAUCACGAAGAAGAUAUCAAACCAUUUUACUAGAAGAAAUGAAACCAGCACAAUUAGAAAGGAAAUUGAAAAAAUUCAAGCAGAGAUGAAUACUCUCUCUAUUAAAGAUGAGUUCCCUAAAUAUGCAAGAUUACAGAGGACACUUACAAAACUUGUUCAAGAGAUUAAAAAAGAAGAUGAAAGUUAUAAACAGAAAAAAUUGAGGCUCUCAUAUAGCAUUCAGUAUCUGGUGCAGGGUGUCAUGACUAUACUUUCUCUCGGAAUGUUCUGGCUCUUCAGAUUUCAUCCUGUGAUUGAGUUCCCCGACGAGUGGAUUUACCCUCUAGGACAUGUAUUAUCAUGGCCCACGCACUCUCCUGGUUCUAUCAGCUUUCCAGUUUGGUUUCUUAUAACCAAUUCAGUCGCGAAAGUGGUUGCAGGAGCUUGAAACGACACUGAGACAUUGCUCAUAGACAGUGAUUAUUUGCUCAAUGUAAAGUGUACCUUUUGUGAAUGAAAUGAACUUUUGUUUUUAGAGAGCAGUUUUUAUUAUCUGAAUAAAAAUGGUAUGUCUGGAGCUG